CCCCUCAGCGCAGGGUGGGCGCGGAGCUCUCCGCGCGCGGAGGGAGCGGCUGCAGGGCCGCAUUGCCGGGAAGCCCCGGCGUCUCCUCUGCCUUCCGCCGCUGCCGCGCCCCCGCAGAGCCCGGCGGAGCCGCCCGGCAGCGCCAUAGCCGCCCCGCGCCCGCCGGCCCCCGCCCCUCCCCUCGCGGGCGGCCCCGUCCCGCGGGCGAGAGGGGGGGCAUGGGCGGCACCACCGCGUCGCAGCGCCGGGGGAAGGGGGCGGUGCUCGGCGGGGAGAGCCCAGCCGCAGCGGGGUGACGGCUGAGGCGGCCGCAGGCGUCGCCGCCACCAGCGGCCCCAGCCUGCCCGGCAGCGUCGCUGCGACUCCGCUAGCAGGUUUUCUUCACCAGUGGAGUGUGAGAAAUAGAAACCGAAGAUGAGUGAGCUGGAACAGUUACGGCAGGAGGCAGAGCAACUGCGAAAUCAAAUCAGAGAUGCAAGGAAAGCGUGUAGUGACACAACUCUUGCUCAGAUCACAACAAGCCUGGACUCGGUGGGUCGAAUUCAAAUGCGAACAAGGCGUACGCUUCGAGGUCACUUAGCCAAAAUCUACGCUAUGCACUGGGGAUCUGACUCAAGGCUACUAGUCAGUGCUUCUCAAGAUGGAAAAUUAAUUAUUUGGGAUAGUUAUACAACAAACAAGAUGCACGCCAUUCCUUUGCGAUCCUCCUGGGUGAUGACUUGUGCCUAUGCACCCUCUGGAAACUAUGUUGCCUGUGGUGGAUUGGACAACAUCUGCUCCAUAUACAACCUGAAAACCAGAGAGGGCAACGUGAGAGUGAGCCGAGAGCUGCCAGGCCAUACAGGAUACUUGUCCUGUUGUCGCUUCCUAGAUGACAACCAAAUUGUCACUAGCUCAGGAGACACCACUUGCGCUUUGUGGGACAUUGAAACCGGACAGCAGACCACCACAUUCACUGGGCACACUGGCGACGUGAUGAGUCUCUCCCUAAGUCCAGACAUGAGGACUUUUGUUUCGGGUGCCUGUGAUGCCUCCUCGAAGCUUUGGGAUAUCCGAGAUGGAAUGUGCCGGCAGUCGUUCACAGGGCACGUGUCAGAUAUCAAUGCAGUUUGUUUUUUCCCUAAUGGACAUGCAUUUGCCACUGGAUCGGAUGAUGCCACUUGCCGACUCUUUGACCUGCGCGCAGACCAGGAGUUAAUGAUGUAUUCGCACGACAACAUCAUCUGCGGGAUCACUUCUGUCGCCUUCUCCAAAAGCGGCCGCCUCUUGCUAGCAGGCUAUGAUGACUUCAACUGCAACGUGUGGGACACUCUGAAGGGGGAGAGGGCAGGUGUCCUUGCUGGCCAUGACAACCGUGUCAGCUGUCUAGGUGUUACUGAUGACGGCAUGGCUGUAGCUACAGGGUCUUGGGACAGUUUUCUCAGAAUCUGGAAUUAACUGGGAGCCAAACAUGUACAUUCUCCAUUUGAGACCUGGAGAGAUCAAUGCUGCAGCCUAUAGCUGUGAAAUAACAUUUCUACCUUGUAUUUGCAGGUGAAGUUUUUCUAUUCACUGAUUAUUACACAAAGAGGCUUUCUGUAAACUAGAAAAAAAUCAAGUGAAGAAAUAGGGGAGGGGGGAAGAAAUCACUGACUUUUUAAAAGGGGCCAGCACACAUAAUCAUGGUGACCGACAAACUAAGAGCCAGUCUUUUUGUUUUUGGUGGUUUGGUUAGAUUGUCCUUGAAGGGUUUUUGCUUGUGCUCAGUCUGCUAAUCCUGUACUUUUUUUUUGUACAUAACAGAAUAUACACAUUAUAGCAGCCAAUCAUGUAACAUUUGUCUGUAUGUAAAGAAAUACGUUUGCAUUUUUUAAGGAACUACAUUUAUAGCUUUGCUUUUAACCUGAGAUGUCACUUCUGAGUUUUGUAGUGGACGAACUAGAUUGCUGUUUUAAAUGUUUUUGUGAAUUUACUGUAGAUAAAGUGAAGCCAAUGGUAUGUAUGUGUUUUUAUAAUGGAAGGCAUUUGAGAUUUUUUUAAAGGCCCUGGAGACUCCCAGUUGAUACCCACCGCCUUAGUCACUCACUCCUUGACCUGCUUGCCUGUUUUUAAUCGUGGGGGUUCUUCCUUUAAGCCAGUGGUUCCUGGUUCAUCCAUUGGCAAUCAUGGCCUCCAAACACCAAGGAGUUAAUGCCAGGCAGAUUUGCAACAACAACAAAAAUAAUGUAAAAAAAAAAAGGUAAAAAAUAGGGUUUCAGAAGUAUGAGCUUCCACACUGCAGCUUCUCGCAUCAGUUAUUCCACGCGGUCCCUGGGUGCGGAAGCCAAGUGACCCGCGUUGCUGUCGAUAAGUGGCGAGUGCUUUUCCUUUUGGCAAUUCAGCUCCAGCCGCACGAGGCGGUUCUGGCCCAUCACAAACUCCGGCUGAUUUGCACUAACAGAGUGAUCCGGGGCGAUGCUCCGUGUGCGGAAAGCAGCGGAUUUGCAAAGCUUGCUCAGUGACCGCAAUCAGCUGAGCCUUUCGGGAGGACUUUGCAUAGAUAGAAGAUUUCAAAGCGCAGUUAGUAACCUAUAACCCCUCUCCGAAUGAGGGGGUUGCCAAAGCGUACCACAACCAAAAACGCUUCUUGUCAGUUCUGUGCAGUGUGAAUUAUAAAAAGGAAUUGUGUGGCUUAAAACGAACCAAAUAACCUUACUUUUACCUGUGGGACUCCUUAAAACUUCGGACUAUAAACUUAGUGACUUGCCUGCUCUCCUGUGGUCACAGAGGUCUGGACCAUGGUGGCUUAUUAGAUGCUAAUUGCUCUGCAGCUCUGCUGCUGUAAAUAAGCCAUUUCCUCUCCUGGUCUUGAUUUUAUUCCAAAUUUUGAUGUCAGUUGCUUACAAAAUCUGGGUUCUGAUUAAGUACAUUUGAGUGUAGAUGAAGGACAACCAAGUGACUGAUGCCCAUUCGAAACUACCCAGAAAGGGGGCUGAACUUUUUGGUGCCUGGCAGCGCUUGCAAUGGAUGUUCUCUUGGGAAUCUAAACGUCCGUGGCGGUUUUGGAAAGGGAAAUUAAGUCUAUUGGCUUCUCUUAAGUGACUUAUUUUAAAGAUCUGUGAAUUCUACAUCAGGUAUAGAUAAUGUUAGUCUGCCUUCAUCUGAAGUUAUGGGGAGCCUGGGUAUCUCGGGGUCAGGUAGGAAGUGUAAGUGCCCGAUAUCGUGUCAUGUAUCAAACCAGAUUUGUGGCUGAGAUGACUAUUCAUCAAAUUUCUGACAUUUGUAAUCCUAAAUUUCAGUACUUCCAGACUGUGCCUGUAAACUUGCCCUGUCUAUAAUGGUGAAGGUGCCAAUAAAUGUACCAGUCAAUCACAGUAAAUUCACUUUUUAAAAGAGAGAAAGGCGCAUCUUGUGCUGGAGAGGUGCACGUGUACUGACAGCAGACUGGUGCAGCACCAAAGUCACACUGCAUUGUAUGUGCAGCACCAAAGUCACACUGCAUUGUAUGUCACAGGAAUUCCUCAGCGUUCUGCGUCGUGAUCUGCCUGCGCUAACAGAACGAUGGCAGAAUUCGUGUUGCUCUCUGGAGCGAGCAGCUCUUUGGGAUCCUGCAGACUUGGUUCAUUUUUCAGUGGUACACUUGAUUAAGUUUCUUAACUCACAGCUGCCUUGAGUGAAUCAUUCUGGAAAUUUGUUACUAUGGAAUUUUAAGAAAAUAUUCUUUUUCUAAAAAUCUUUUUUCCAUGGAAGUGUGUUUUGAACCAAUUUCCUGGUCAACACCGUUGCAAGGACGGGUGCCAUUUUUACAUUCUGGUAUUAAAACUAGUUUCUACUUGCAAAACUCCAAAAAACAAUUUUACACAUGUAUAUAAAUAACUUUUCUUAAAAGUUCAGGUAGAUGGUAAACGUGGUAAUGGCUCUCAUACAGGUAUCACUGCAAAUAAUGUCACUAUUAUUGCCUGAUGGGCAAUUGUCUGUUGGGUUCAGCUGCUUUUAAAAGAAAUAAUAAGGAAUGUGAACUGCUUGCCGAUGAGGUUUCCAAAAGCAUCGUACAAGUAUCUGCCGGGUUUUGCUGGGGGUAACCGGUGUCUGUAGCUGCAGGUGCGGAGGCGGCUCCUCGGGUGUCGGUGCACAAGGGAACCUGGAAGAACCCCGAGCACCACCGGGAAAGCAGCACCUGACGCUUCUUGGGAACUUAGAGCCAGCCUGUGGUCGAUCCUGUCAAGGUGACGUUUGCUGCCAGCAAAUUGCUGUCCUGGAUGUAGCUCAGAGUUUUGUUCUUUAGAGCCUACAGAUUUUAUGUAACACAUUGUUAUUAUAUGAGGCCAAAUAAUGAACUUGCACAGGCUGUGGCAUUUCCUUUUUUAAACGGCUGUAAGUGACCUUUCACUAUUGAUGCCCUUACUAAAAUGGUUGCGAUUUUCAUGGUAAAAGCUCAAACUCCUCCUAAUACGAGGAAGGUAAUAAAAGGACCCUUCACAGGUUUUACUUAAAAGGUUUUAUGCCCAGAAAACAGUAUGUGCCUGUAGUUCAGUGUAGGCCCCGGUGUGCAGCCGGGCUGAUUUGACUGCGCCAUGGCAGCACCUGCGCUUACACAGCGGAUUCUGCAGCACUCGUGGGUGCAGCUUAACCUGUCUUGAAAAGUUUCUUGCCAAACUGCAUCAUUAUCUGAAUGUCAAAUAACUUGUGUAAUUACAGAAAAAGGGUAACUAAGAACAUCGUGCCAAAACGGUGCCAAGGUAACUCUUUCCCAGCCUCUCUUCCAAAAACCUAGUGGGUUAUGGCUCGGGAAGUGGAACUAUGUGCUGUAACAAGAUUUAUUUUAUUCAGGUACAGUUUUGUCAGCAUUUUCUAAUGUUGAUCUAACUUAGCGGUAGAGAACACUGACCGGGCAAGUGCCCAGCUUGGAACAAUCCUGUGUGCACCCGGACAUCCAUUUAUUGGUAGAGAUAUUGGUCGAGAUUCUGGAAGCCGCACAAAGCUGUUCCGUGGCAUCUCACUGAUGUGUGCUCCUUAACUCCAGUGACGUGGGCCUGUUUCCACCUGUCUCCAGACCUCUUUCCUUCCGCACAUCGCUGCCCUCUGCCUUGCUAAACUGCAGAUACAUCGUGGUAUCUGGCAGACCUGACCAUUCAAGGUAUUGAUAACAAUACAUACAAUUGGAAGUGGAACGUGGAUUAAAUAGGCUUUUCCCCACCUAAGGAGAGGGCCUGACCUUGACUUGGCAAAGCUGAAUUGAUGUAAGAGCUGGUCCUAGUGUGCUUACUGUAAUGCAUGGGUUGGAAAUAGUUUAAUUCAGUUAGUGUAACCGCUUGUCCCACAAUGAAGUUCACAUUACUUUAAGGUGGAAUGAAAACAUUGUGCAAACAUUCCAAGAGUGCUUAGUUGUUCCUCCUCGAGGACACUGUCACCUCCACUAGGUUUAGUGCUGUGCUUUGAGAUGUUGGUGAGAGUAUUGGCUAAUUCAACUAGUUGGUAUAAAUGGUUGUGUAGCAGAAUGACUGAUUUUUGAGAUAGCAUUUCCUGUACAAGUAAUUAAGCAUGGGUUGAUGGUGCACUUUGUAUAAUCUGGCGUGCAUGCUGGGAAACGACUUCCUACACUUCAGAGGCACCACAAGCCUUUUUAUCCAGUUGCUGGUUAUGUAAAAUACAUGCAGAAUGUUAAUGCAGUGUUGUUAUGGUAAAUGUGUGAACAGUGUUACUAAUUGAUAUAACUGAUAACAGAUUACAUGUGCCUGACAUUCUUAUACCACACAGUAUGUUUAGGUUUUAACUAAUAUGGACUUCGGUGGAAUAGUCUUAGAUAUUUCAAGCCUUUGUUUUACUUACACAAUGGUGCUCUAUUUGUGUUUUUCUCCUUUUUUUUAAAAAAUGAAAGCAUCUGAACACUUGUAGUACAUAUGACAUCCAAAGGAGUCCAAAACAAAAUGCUUCUAAACAUGCUUGAUGUUAAUUUGCCUUCAGUUUCCAGCAUUUCUCAUCAGCUAGGUUUGUUUUUUGGGUUUUUUUUACUUGUUGCUGACUACUUUGGAAAACUUCGGUAAUGUUACCAAUUAUGAAGUGAUUCUGCACUGCCUUUGGAUUGUGUAUGUAUUCAGAAACAGUCUUAAAGCUUUUAUUUAAGCUAUUAAAAAAACCAGGGACUCGUGCCAUUUGUUCUUUAACAGUGCUGUUGUAAAAAGACUUCCCUGUGAAAAAAAAAAAUAUCACUUGCUAUGAACUCUGUUUAUAGCUUUUUUUUUCCACAAUGGAUCUUUUCCUUUGUAUUUGUACAGUGGCUCAGUGAAAGAUGUUGCCAUGAGUUGAUAUUGUAACCAAUAAACAAGUGCUUUUAACCAGA